CAGAUAUUUUUCUUAAGAAUAAUUCAUCUACAUUUUUAUAAGUAGAAAAUGUUUUCAUUGCUUUAUUUUAACAUUGUACACUAACAUUUAUGAUGAAUAUUAUCAGUGAUAAAUUCACAGAUUGUUGGGUACUUUGUAAAUCUAGAUCAAACCCAGGAAAACAGUAUUAUUUUAACACAAGGACUCGCGAGUCCUCUUGGAUAAAGCCCAAGUCUGUACAGGAAAAAGAAUCUUGCAGCGAUGCCGCCAUCAAAGUAGAGUCUAAUCGCAAUGAACAGAAAAACAGAAAGGAGAUCGAUAGCAAAUCUUCAAAGCGAAAUUAUGGUAAUAAUACCUUACAGUCUUCAAAGUCAAAUAAUGAAGUCAAACAAAAACAAUCUCAUAAUUCAGUUUCUCAUGGGAGUAGGCACAAUCACCUAAACAUGCAUAAGAACAAAAACAGAUGUUCACAAUCAUUAAAGCCAGCAAAGAAUUUAGCAAAGAACAGGCUGACAAAACUAAGAACCCAACUAACCAAGGAAGUGGAGCAGGAAAAGAAGAGAAAUGUUAGUAGAAAUUGUGAAUCGAUGAAUGAAAAAUUAAGCCAAACAAGCAAAGCUGAAACCCCAACAAAGAGUCAAAGAUCUGAAUUGAACAGUCCAAAUUUUAAUGAGUCUAAUUGCACUAUCACUUCACAAACAAGCAGCGACAGCGGCAGUUCAUCACCUUCACAGUUCUUUGCUGCGAACAAAAUAAUAUCAUCAAUGAAAGCUCAGUUGCCUGAAGAGUAUGACAACAAAGACAUACAGAAAGACACCUAUGCAGAUAUCGAACAGGGCAUAUGUAAUAAGAUAACUGGAUAUCCAUCAAAUGCACAUCCAUCUACACCACCACAGUUUUCUCAAGCUGAUAAACUUUUGUCAGCAAUUAAAACGAAGCUUGCAUACAAAUUGCCAAUAAAAGAUAGGACCGAUAACUCAUAUACAGCUUCAGAUCGAAUGCAAAUGUUACGGAGAUUAUCAAAUGAAACUGAUGACUCCCGGUCUGGUAGACAUAUUGAACAGAUGGAUGUGGAUGAAGGUGUUACAUUGGUUUAUUCAAGGGUGGAUGCACACAAGCCUAGCAGCAGCUGUACUCCACCGAACAUGUUGAACACAAUACAGACCAACGCAGUAAUAGUUGUUGAUACAAACAUCUUCAUACAUGAUCUGCACUGCAUCACGCAUGUUCUGAACUCACAAAUAAAAGGUUACAGAGAGCAGCCAACAUUGCUGGUGCCGUGGCGUGUGAUCAAUGAACUGGACAAGUUGAAGGACAAUAACAACGGCAAUGGAGUUCUUUGUAAGCGAGCAAAGGCUGCCAUGGACUAUUUGUAUAAGUCAUUGCCUGUCGCCAAUAGACUGAAAGGACAGUCACUACGCGAUUCAAAUUCUCACAUCUUUCCUUGUGAAGUACCAGAUGAUGAGAUUCUGAACUGCUGUCUACAACAAUCUGAAAGGGGAAAGUCUGUGGUGCUACUAUCAAAUGACAAGAAUUUAUGCAACAAGGCAGUGAUAAAUGGCAUAAAGACAAUGACAGUGACCGACCUGAUGUCAAUGUUGGAGGGCAGACCUCGCCCUCUGCCCGACCCCUCACUCUACGCCAGCGUGAAGCACUACGAGCUAACUAUGUACCAACUACUCGCUAAUAUAUUAGAGAACGAGAUGCGCGCGAGAUACAAGACGCUGUGGGAGCACGUGGUGUGCAGGCCGCCGCCCUGGGACCUGCAGGACGUGCUUUUUGCUCUGCUGAAGCACUGGAUAGCAGUCUUCCACGAGGUCUUCCCAAGGAUCGACACUUUGCUGAACGAUCUCAAGAAAAGUUAUACUUAUAUUAGGAAUAAAGACCCGAAGACCCUGGUGGAAGCUGAGGUGUGCAACUUCAAAGAGUUAUGCGUAGAGGUGGCAAAGAAGUGUCAGAUCAUACCGGAGUAUAUGGAACUAGCCAAGAACACGGUGGACCGGCUGAAUGACAGACAGACACGAGGACAGAAUAAUGUGUCUGUUAUGCAAGCAUUCGAGACUGUAUGGAUUAUAUUUUCCAGUUAUUGUGCGAAGCUGUGCCGAUGUUUGGGCAUACCUCAUAGCAUAGAAGACCAAAUACCGGGCAACGAGCCGGUGGAGGGCCUCAUCAGCAAGUACUCCAUGUUCAGGAACCAUAUUAUAUCUCUUAACCACACCAUACAAGGAGUACUGAAUGUGGACAACUCAAGUAACUUAUUAGAAGGACGUAUAUCUAAUUUGGAGACUGAAUUGAAAUCCAGUUUGAAUUUGAAUGCGAGUGAAAGUGGUAUUAUAGUGCGGGAUGAAUUGAAAAUGUUUUGUAUUAAAAACAGAGAUCUGUUGCAGGAUGCUACAGCGAAUCUAUCAACGCUUAUAGAAUUGUUGGACGUGUGCAAAAAUAAUUUUCAUUAACUUGUUACAUUUAAAUCUGUGAUUUUAUGUCAUUUUCUUAUGUACAUAUGUAUAUAAACUCGUAUACAUAACACAACGUACAUACAUACAUACAUACAAUAGAUAUAUGUUUGAAUGAAGAACAGAUUUUAUAGAUUUAUUUUAUUAAAUUCAUUAUAUAUGAGUUAGCAAAUGCAUUUAAAAUAAUCGGUACUGAAUGUAAGCAUCAGGCGUUGCCUGUCGAUAUUAUGAACUUUAAUUUUAGAUUAAGUAAUAAAAAAAGAUAAAAAAUACCUAUAGUACGAACGCCCAUCGCAUAUAUUCGGUACCGAUUAGUAAAAUCCGUGUAUAUAAUUAUUAAAUAUUAGUGUCGCCCGCGUGGAAUAAGAAAACUUAAUUAGUCCCCGGUAAUUAUUCGAAUUUUUCUCGUCUCUUUAAACCUUCCCUAGAUCUGCACGAACGUUUCCAUGACCAAGAUAAAAUAAAUUUGUUCAGCUGUUCUCAAGUUUUAGCGAAACUUAUCAA